CCAGCGGCAAACAUUUAUGCAAACAACUGAGGAAGUGUACUUGUGAUUUAUUACGUAAUCAUAUCAUUAGAAAGGUUUUGACAAACUAUAAAUUGUAAACAAAUACACAUAUAUCAGUUGAAAUCAAACGAAUACAGAAGAACAUCAUUCCAUUAUGUUUCAUGAAGUAUCGCUUGUAUUUUUCAAGCAUCUUAAUCAAAUUAAUGCAGAUGCUAGAAUAAAGAAAGCAAUAUACAUUGUGUGCAACAAGAAGAUUUUAUGAAAUAUGCACGUGCAAACGGUGUGCCUUAAUAACAUUCAAUCAAACAAGAGUGGAACAAUGAGUUGAAGCCGAAAACAUGUGGAUACAUUAUAGUAAUUGUGGUAAUCACGAGUGACAAUCAAUUAGAUGUCUGUCACAAAGGCAGUGAGUUCCAGGACAGUCGGUUCAAUGUUAUCUUACUUUAAGAGAACACAUGUUGGAUUAACAAAACGGAAAGUUUACAAUAUAAAUUGAUGAUAUAUUACUGUGAAUAAAAUAGCUGAAAAAGUGAAUAUAAUAAGAUUUAAAAAUAAAACAUAUUAAUAAAAAUCUUGGAUUAACAUAAUAAUGGAGCGACCACACAGUCGAAAACUAAAACAGCAAGAAAUCGUACAGAGGUUAAGCCAGUUAACCGAGGACAAGCUUAAAGAAUACCAAGAGGCGUUCAAGCUUUAUGACAAAGAUAAUGAUGGGAUCAUUUCAAUACAGAAGUUAGGGAGGGUACUUAGAGCAAUGGGACUAAAUCCUACAGAGAUAGAGGUUCAAGAAAUGAUAGAUGAAGUCGAUUCAGAGGGAACGGGUAAUCUAGAUUUUGAAAGUUUUCUAAAUAUAUUAGCAAGUAGAAAGUUUGAUGACGAAGACCAUGAAGACGCUUUAAAAGAAGCAUUCCGAAUGUUUGACCGUGACGGAAACGGUUACAUAGAUGCGGAGGAGUUACGAAUUUGUAUGAUAAAUCUUGGAGAAAAGCUUACAUUAGAAGAAGUUGAGGAAAUGAUAAGAGAGGUUGAUAUAGAUUAUGAUGGACGGAUGGAUUACCAAGAAUUUGUUAAACUGAUGUGCUCGAAAUAUGCGCUGGAAUAACGAGAGUGAUAUAUUUGUCGUCUGCUCAACAGCGUCUGAUGUGACAAUUGCUCAAGAUCAUCAUAGAGUGACGUCAAAGGUUAUUACAACAUGAAAUGUAAUUAUGCGUGGACACUCACACACACAAUACAUCAGACCAUAUGCCAUUUAACACACAUAUGUUUUAAGACAUAUGUUAAGUGUUUGUGUUCACGGUAUAUAUGACUUGUGUUGUCACUUCACUUACCUUUGACAUGGUUGGUUUAAUGUGUACACAGUAUAGAAAUGAAAAGUGAUAAAUGGUCCAGUUACAUUAAAACACAAUUAGGAAUAAAAGAAAGUGUUUGACAUGAAGUUGAAUAGUUUCCAAUAAUGUUUUGCGACAAACUUUCUGCAUUUUAAUCGAACUAAGUUAAGGAUGACUUUAAAGUAUUAUUCUUCUAGAAAGCUUUGCUAUAGUUAUUUGUUUAUAUAUAAGACAUACAAGUUGAUUCCCAUAAAAUAUUUAACUACUGAAUAUUAGUAGAUUAAAAGUUAUUUUUCUUUACGUUAAACAAAUAUGCAUUUUGAAUGCAUCAUAAUUAUAACUGAACCAAAUAUUUCGAUCAGUUAAUUUGAAUAAUGUUUGUUUGUUAGUACUCUAUAAUAAAGUCUGUAGUAUAUAUAUUUUACACUUUUGAUACGUUUUAAAUAUAGGUAUUUUCAAAUUAUGACUGGAAUAGCUCCGAGUAUGUGAACUAUCUAUCAACUGAAAUAUACAUUUAAACAGUCAUGAACUUAUGUAUUGACGAUUUGACGUCUAAUUGUCAUAUAACAAUAUAAAAAUGUAGUUUAAUGUAGAAUCUACCGAGAAAACCAAAAUAACAUCUUUGUCGAACAUAAGUGUGUACUGAGUUCAUCAUUUCCAGAAAUCUCAGGUACAGACAUUAUGCUAUUGUAUAAUUGCUCGUUAUGCAAAGUUAUUAUGCUUUCGAGGCACGUUUUCAUAAUGAUCUGUGUGCAUUAUGAGCAAUAGCAUACGUUUAU